UAUCGCCAGUAAACUGUAAGGUUACAGUUUCAAACAUGUGAGCAAAUACACAAAGCACACUUAUAUCAGAGUUAGAUUUCAAAUGCGCUACAUUACAUAACUGUACAUUACACUAGUGUUUCUCUUAAAGACCCAAACUAGUGACACAAACUUCCAAAAUGCCAGCUAUAAGUUACCGUGGCCGUAAUUUUCUAGGUAAAAUCAAAAGCGAGACCUUCUGCUGGAUUCUCCUUCUGCUUGCAGUUCCAGUCUACUCACUCGCCAUUGUAGUCCUCAUAGGCGUCGUCUACUUGGCCAAUUAUGCUGCCCAAGACGGAACUACCACAACUGGGAUGGGAAUCGCCCUUUGUCUUCUCUCCUUCAUAGUAUUCGCAGUCUACAAUGUUCUUGCAUUCUACAUCACAUUCGAAGACUACAGCAACCAGGCUAGAUACGAGCGCAUUCAAAGGAAGAAGUUGCGGGACAUCAAGUAUCACAAUGAUGACAUUUAAAACUGAGCAACUUACACUGAAUUUACUCCAUUCGAAUUAGUCCCGGCGAUAGAUUACAACAGUGCACGUUAGGGGUUCAUUCAUGUAUAAUCUUUUCUGCAUUCGAUAAAAAUCGUAUAUAUCUUCUUAAAAAUAUCAAUUUGAAAUUCGCUGAACAUACAA